AUGUCCACAGGAAAUGAGACAGGAGGCCGCUGGAUUCCCUUGGAGAGCAAUCCCGAGGUUUUUAACUUCUGGGCCGGAAAGGCUGGUCUGGCCACCUCACAAGCUCACUUUGUCGAUGUCUAUGGACUGGAUGAAGAUCUCCUCUCCAUCGUUCCAAGACCUGUGAAAGCCGUCGUCCUGCUCUUCCCCAUGGAUCCCGAGGGAGAGGCAAAGCGCAAGGAAGAGGACGAACGCAUCGCACGAGAUGGGCAACCAAAGAUCGACAGUACCGUCUUUUGGAUGAAGCAAACAAUAGGAAAUGCUUGCGGAACGAUUGGGCUCAUUCAUGCCCUCGCAAACUCCGAUGUAACACUCUCACCAACGGGCCCUCUCCAAAAGUUCAUCAUCCAGUGCCAAGACAAGACCCCAGACGAACGGGCCCACCUCCUCGCCACUACACCGCUCUUCGCGAACAUCCACUCUGAGUCAGCGAGCUCCGGCCAGUCUGCCGCCGUCAUAGACACGGAUCUGCACUUUACAUGCUUCGUUGAGGCUCCUGACUCGGACAUUCGCAAGGCUGCUGAGGGCGCAGAGCUGAAACCUGAGGACAAGGAGGACAAAGCCAGCAGUGGGAUGCGUUUGAUCGAGCUAGAUGGGCGUCGAGUGGGUCCGGUUGACCAUGGAGAGUGCAAGGAUCUUCUGAAGGAUGCUGCCAACUUGAUCAAAGCUCGCUACCUCUCUGGCACCGCCAGUGUCUACUUCAGUCUGAUGGCAUUGACCGGAGCCGUGGACGACUAA